ACUCUUUUACUUGCAUCCUGUUAUCAAACUCCAUUGUAAAUAAACGUGUGUACUACUUCUCAACCUCGAUCCCAGGGCCUGUAGAGUUUUUUUUUUGGAUAUGAGAGGAUGAAGCGUUUCAUAUCCAUCCUUAUUAUAUCAAAAAACGCUAUAGGCCCUGGGAUUGAGAUUGUACCAACCUAGUUCCCAGGGCAUUUUGCCUGUUGAUAAGUUGAUAGCGGCGAAAGCAUUGUUGGCCACUCCGUAAUAACGGCUCAGGGACCACAAGAUCCUGGGGAUGAGGUUGAGAUUGUACUCCUUCUCUCCUAAACUGGUUACUAGUCUUUUUCUCCAACGCGGUUUCAUAAUGGUAGCCGGACGGUUACGUAAUUCUGUAGCAAUAUCUCAUUUGCUUAGUAAAUGGAAUGUUUACGUUUUCUCCUUUUGCCAAGAGCUUUUAACAAGAAACAAGAAAGUUAUAAUCAGACAAACAAGGCAAGUCACUACAUUUCCUCCUUGAUGUGCCUAAUCAGCCGAUUUAAGGAAUUGCUUCCCCCAGCUUGCUGUAAAUUUUGACCCUUUUUCAAAAAAAGAAAAACACACUUCAAAUGGCUUCCGCUCAUAAUCAUAAUGCAGCUGGUAUAAGAACAUUUUGUGAUAAUGCAGAAAAUUCAUCGAAUAAAGUAAACAUUUCCUGUUUACCUGAAUAUAAAGAUUACACUUACAAUGAGAAACAAGACAUAUGGGCUCUUGUAUCACUUAAAGCUCCUUUUCAGGAAGAAAAAGAGAAUGAAGAAAAAAGAGCCCCAAUUGAUAUCAUUGCCGUUAUUGAUAAGUCUGGAUCUAUGGCUGGUGCCAAACUUGACCUUGUGAAGCGGACCUUAGAGUUUGUAUUGACACAAUUAAAUGAAAAAGACAGAUUUUCCAUUGUAACGUACGAUACAAAUGUUUAUAUUGAUUUUGGCUUGCGAGUUAUGACUGCAGAUAAUAAAAAAGAUGCAUUGCAUAAAAUAAAAAAUAUCCAAAGUGGUUCAUGUACCAAUUUAUGUGGUGGAUUAUUAAAAGGAUUGUGUCAAAUCAUUGAUCGACCAUCUGAUCAAAAAAACGAAGUUGCAUCAGUGUUACUGUUUACAGAUGGUCUGGCAAAUUCAGGUAUAACAAGUCCAGCAGGAAUAGUUGCUGCCAUGAAGGAUCCAAAAAGAUAUGAUGGUCCGUCAAGUGGUGCAGAAACAAGAAUACAACAACAGCAAAUGCAACAAGCUCCACAUCAGUCAUGGUUAAACAAUAUUAAGCAUAAAAGGAAUGCCACAAUUAGUAACCAAACUCAAGCUGAAGUUACCGCACUUCCAACUACUUCAACAUCAUUAAAAGAAGCACAGGCAUCUGUUUAUACCUUCGGGUUUGGAUCUGAUCACGACCCAGAAAUGUUAAAAGAAAUAUCAGAUGCUGGUAAUGGAAUGUAUUAUUUCAUUGAAGAUAUUGAUCAGAUAGCUGAGUGUUUCGGUCAUUGUUUGGGUGGAUUAUUAAGUACAGUGGCACAGGGGAUCCAGCUAGAAAUUGUCACUGAAGAUGGUGUAACAGUAAAAGAUGUGCAUACAAGUCGACCAUUUGAAAACACUGUUAAUAAAAGUGUGAAAAUCAAUAUGGGGGAUUUACAAUCAGAAGAAAAUCGUGACAUUGUUUUAGAGUUGACAAUUGAAAGUGUUCAUGCUCCCUACGAUACCACCCCACAAGCACUGCUUAUGUCACGAGUUGAUUAUUUUAAUGUGAUAACAAAUGAACUUGAAUCAGAUGUUGAAAGAUUAACUGUUUUACGGCCUGUGAAGACGAAUGUACACGACAAAACUUCCUCCAAUGUUGUUGUCAACAAAGAAAGAUCACGUGUUAAAAUGACAAAAGCGAUUGAUUUAUCUCGCCAAGCAGCUGACAUAGGUGAUUUAAUAACCUCCCGUCAUAUUAUUGACAAUGAAAUUGAAGACCUAAAGAUGAAUCGAUUGGCGAUGAACAAAGAUGAUGAGAUGUAUAUAAGUUCAGCUGCUGGGUAUGAUAAUAUGGUAGAGGACUUAAAUAGAUGCUACACCAAUUUAUCAGAUGAGACGACGUAUCUUCAAAAAGGCAAAAAGACGCAUUUGAAUAUGGCGCAACAGCACAGCGCUCAAAGAUGUUCCCAUAUUGAUUCGAUUUCUUACGCCACGUCAAAAAAGUGCAGAGUAAAGGAUGACUCCUCAUGUUUUCGCCCAUGAAAUCUAUGAUGAAAGCUUAGAUGAAUGAAUGCUAUGAUGAAAGCUAGAUGAAAGCAGAUGCUGUUUGAAAUGAUAAAAUACUUGUGCGUUUUAAGCGAUCUUGCUGUUAACUUUCUAUACGUGUAUUGUUUGUUUACUUGUUUUUUGUACUAAUAUCGGUGCAAUAAAUAAUCGUUAGCCCGUGGAAAAAUCCACGGGUAUGCCCGUCCUUUUUAUACCGCAUCGCGUGCGUCUCACUAAUUUCGAAGCUAAGCUACCAUUUUGCGUGACAGACAGAAAGAUAGACGUAUACGGGUAUUAUAACAUAGACUAGCCGUUAACCCGUGGAAGAAUCCACGGAGUCGCCCGUCCUUUAUAUAUCGCAUUUCGUGUUUCCUGAACAGGACGCGGUUUUCGCGCGGCAAGACAGACAAAAUACGGCUAUUAUUAAAGAGACUAGUCGUUCGCCCGUGGGACAAUCCACGGGAAUUCGCCGUCGUGAUUAUUUCGCGAACCUGUUAUAAAAUUAUGCUUUUUUAUCAGAGAUUAGUCUACCCGUUAAAAAUACCACUGUAAUUCUUAUAAAGCUGCGGCUUUAAAAGUUUUCCGCUUUAGCGGUAUUCCACUCUGCAUAUGUUUUUCCUUCAAAUAUGUUAUUCUACAAAAUACAUUAGUGAGUAGAAGAAAAGUGUUUGUUUGUUUGAAAGGUCGAAGUUUAGUGAAUGGAAAUUUUGAAACAAAAUAGUUACACAUUGAGGGCCUAAUAUUAUAAACCACGAAUUUUAUUUUUUAUGAUAAGAUCUUUUUUGAUCAUAUUGUGUAUUUCCAUAUUGACUGUAUCUAUGUAGUGUAGAUAAAUUAUAAAUAAUAAAAUGCACAUAAUUACACUAAGAAAAAUAGAAUUACAGUCGA